AUGUCCUUGACAGUUAAACAUCUAAAUAAUGAUGCUUCAUUUCUCCUAACAUUUGCUCCCAUAUCCCCAUUUCCACCUUCACCAGGCCGGCCCGAAGACUCCUUUACCAUCCUCUUCGAUCCAUGGUUAUCAGGUCCAUCCAAGAUAUUCCAUUCCAAGUUUUCGAUAUCACAUCUCAAAACCCCCUCAUGCAUAUCUUCCCUCAGCGAAAUCCCAGAACCUGAUCUGGUAAUAAUAAGUCAAAACAAAACCGACCAUUGUCACGAAGAAACGCUCAAACAACUCUCUCCAAACGGUAGCAAAACACUUAUUCUCGCCGAAGCCGGUACAGCCAAGACAAUAAAACGAUGGAAAUAUUUCUCCUCCUCUAAAAUAAUCACUCUCAAACGCUGGCAAGAUCCUCGUCUACGGAAAUCUGAUAAUAUCAUUCGAAUACCCGUUCCAUCACAAUCUCACAAUGCCACACCAGGCGAAGUAACCAUUGCAUUUCUCCCGCAAAAGAACGACCUCACAGGUCUGCACAACGCAAUCGGGAUAACCUACCGACCACCCACCAUCACAACAUUCAUCCACCCCCCAGAAACCAACUACACCACUCCACCCGCAUCCCCUCACUCCUUCGCCUCGACUCUCUCCAACCCCACCGACCGCGCCCUCUCUGUCAUCUUCUCCCCCCACGGCUGCACCUACCGCACCAUCUCCCCCUACGCAACUUCCCACCUAAUAUCCCAAGCCGCACUCCCACUAACCUCCCUCCUGCACCCCUUCGACCGCAUCUCCAACCCCUGGUAUCUAGGCGGAAACAUCAUCAGUGGAUUUCCAGGCGGGGUAUCCAUUGCUCAGAAUCUGUGUGCGAAAACAUGGAUUAGUGCUCAUGAUGGAGAGAAGAUGAAUGCAGGGGUAGCGACGUGGAGAAUUCGCAGUAAGAAGUGGGAGAGGGAAGAGGUGGAGAGGGUGGUUAGUCCCAGGGGGGAGAAGUUUUCUUCUUCUUCUUCUUCUUCUUCUUCGGCGGAGAAGAGGGGGAUAGGGACGGAGGUUUUGGUGUUGGGGAGUGGGGAGGGGGUGAGGUUGGUGCAGGGGGGUUAUGGAGGUGGAGUGAGGAUUGAGAGGGAGGGGAUGAGGUUGAGGGUGGGAGAUGAAACUAGAGAAAUUAAUAAGAAAGUGGAUAUUGAAAAAGUGUAA